AUGAGGAUCAUUUUAGGAUCAACAUCAAAAUGGCGCCAUGAAAUUGCAACAAGAGCUCUUAACAUGACAAUCGAGAUGAUGGAAGCAAACAUUGACGAAAAGGCAGCAGCACGUGAAGCUCAUCCAAAGGAUCCGGCCGAGCAUGUAUCUGCAAUUGCUAAAGGAAAACUCGACAAAAUCUUUAGUAUGGUUACUGGAGACCCAGCUAUUGUAAUGUGUUAUGAUACAGUUGUUGUUUAUGACAAUCAAAUUUUAGAAAAACCUGUUGACCAUGAUGAUUUAGUUAGAAUGGUUAAAUUAUGGGCAGCAAAAGAUCGUGUUACAUCAGUUUAUACAGCAUUAGCUAUUGGUCGCACAGAUACAGGCGAAAGAAUUAAUGAAGUUCAUGUUUCGCAUGUUAUUAUGACAAGAGAUUUAACUCCAGAGGAAUUCGAUAAAUACAUCAAUGGCAAAUAUACCAAAUAUUCUUCUGGCGCAUUAAUUACCGAAGAUAUUCUUGAAAUUAGUGCUUGCAAGCUUGAUGGCAAUCUCGAUACAAUCCAAGGGCUUCCUGUUGAAGCAACAAUUAAGGCAGUUAAUCUUUUACAAAGCCAAUAA